AUGUGUCGUCUUUUUCCUCCAUCAAAAUUUCAUGUCAUUCAUGGAGGGAGUGAUCCUAAUGGUGAUCACAGAGGGUCCACCAUUUUUAUGGGACACUCAGGAGUUUGCCAUGACAAUUUCCUGGAUUUACCCGUUCCCUUGAGUGCCAUGGGUUAUGCAUAUGGCGAUGACUCAAUUUUUGUCUGUGGAGGAACAUCAGAUACGGCAGGAGGGGAACAAGACCAGUGUUAUCGUUGGAGAUUCGACACCUUUCCUCGUGUUUGGUUGCCACUUCCUGCCAUGAUGUAUAGACAAAUGAUGUUCCCAAUGUAUUACCAGGAUGGAGCAUUGUAUGCCGCUGGUGGUAUCAGUGAUGAUUCCAGUAUAAUCCCAGAGAUGAAUCGGUUGAUCUUGGGCGAUUCAUCUUGGACCAAGGGUGCAAGCUAUGGAAGCUCAGGAUUUUAUGCUCAAUGUGGGAUUCUGCAUCAAAGCCAAAUUUAUUCGAUUGGCGGUUCGAGCAAUACAAUUACCUAUUCACUGUCAAUCUAUAUUUACGAUAUUAUGAAUGACGAUUGGCGUAUCAGUCCUUUCAUCUUACCACGAGGUUUACGACACAUGGCUUGUUCUAUUGUGCUAGGGAAUGGAGAGUGGAUUCCAGACAUCUUUUUAUUGGCAGGGGGCGAAAUGGGUUCAGGCGAAUACUCAAAUAAAGUGUACUCUAUGGACCCCAGUUCAAAUGGAGAAGUGCUGGAGAUGCUAGAACUGUCCAUGACCGUCGCUAAGUUUGGACCACAAAACAGCUUUGCCACAUUUGCUGGAGACAAUGUUUUUCUAGCAGUCGGUUUCGGGAACAAUAGCUACCAAACCGAGUUUGUGCUCCAAUGGAACCGCUGGAAUCCGAGCUUUGAACCAUUUAAUAAUGAUCUACCGGGUCGGCAACUUCCUGGAAAUGCCAUGAUUCCUCUUCGCCAUGUGCCGAUUUGCGAGUCUCAAUCCCGUAUGUGGAAACUCAUUGUCAACCAUGUCAAGCCAACCAGAUUUCCAAUUGGAGGCUGGAACGAAAACAUGAAUGACGAUCAAAAUUCUAUUUACAGUCACUUUCAAAUGCUAGAAGAAUUCAGAUGUGAAGGAAGGUUUCACUUCCGUUUAAUCUACCCGGAGCUUGGAACCUACAAUGAGUGGUACCAAACUAAUGACCCAUCACUACAAUCUAAUGGAUCAGCCACCGACUUUAUAGGCGUGGCGUUGGGUAUGCCCUUGGGAUUUAAUGGAUUGGUGCACAACAACAGGGAUGCUCUGACAAUUGGGGAUUCUAAUUCGACGUAUCCACAUUGGUUUUCUGUGGGGAGAAUCAAAACGGAUUCUCUCACUGGAGAAUUUCCUGGACCGCCCAACGUGUUCGUUUCCGUGGUGCAACUUUUUGUAAAAGAUGAUUGCAUAAUAGCUUUGCCUGAAUUAUUAAAAUGAAUUUUUUUUGUAGGCGAAUUACAAAUGUAGAAAACCAGUCAAUAAAAUCAUUUAGAUUUGUACUUGUUUCUCUGUGUCCCAUGUGGCCAAACAUAUGAUAUGAGGCUUCCAUCAAUGUACUUUUAUGACUAAACAUUCAGUUUUAAUACAUUCCACAUUUUUGCUUACAUUUCUUGGUAUGGUGUUUUCUUUUUGCCCAAAUUACCGCAAUCGUUGUUUACUUUUGAACAGUCCUGAAGUUCGACUUUUCCCU